AUGGAGGCCCGCCUGACUGAAAAACCAAUACGAGUCGGGUUCGAGAUCGAGCUCAUGGUCACUCCAAGUAUGCCUCAACUGCGCGACUUAGGAGGCCUCGAAGACGAUAAUAAGAUUUCAAAGCCCCGUUACUUCCACACAGUGCUUCCCAUACAAGGCGACAAUUACGAACCAGAUCCUCGGUUCCUGAAUCUCGUGAAAAGAUUAUUACGACUGGCCGAUUUGCCUCUAGAGAAUGUAUACGUUCCGGGUGGAAGGCCGACGCAAUAUCGAGGCUGGUCUGUUCAUGGAGAUCUGUCUUUGACUCCCGUCUCGCCGGAAGCGGCUUUCGACGCGCGGAGCCUGAUUUGGGAAGAGCAAACAACGAGGGCAUUCGGGCAGGUGAAUAAUUAUUUCAAAAUCAUCUCUUCCACGAGCUGUGGGACACAUGUCCACGUCAAGCCUGAGGAAGGUGACUGGGAGCUCAACGCCGUCAAAAAACUGGCAAAGGCAAUUGUUGUUUUCGCCGUUAUCAGCCAGUUAUUAGGGCCAGCUCGGCAGAUCAGCGUGUACUGCAAAGAUAACACACAAGGCCGAUACGUCCAUCGCGAUUUAACCAGCAGAGGAGGUCCAGCACUUGUCUUGCAUCAGCUCCAAAGUAAAAAGAAGACAACAACCCUUGUCAACUACAUGUGCCCUCCAGAACCGGGAGACGAGCUUGGACGCAACUAUGUCUGGAAUUUGACGAACGUCUGCGACGCCAACUCAUGUGGGACUGUGGAGUUUCGGGGGGCAGAAAUGAGUGUGGCCAUGGAUAAUGGUGGCGCGAAUCUCGCGACGAACGAAUUCUUUAAGCAAUACGCCACCACGGAUCCAACCCGCGAUGAUCUGCUCGACUUCGUUGAAGGAGGGCUUCUGCCUGAAGCGCGAUUAAGCAUCCGUGAUUGGUUUUCGAGCGGAAGUCAAGGUGGUGGCGGAAGUCAAGGUGGUGGUGAUUGA